AUGUCUCAAGAACACCCGUUAGCCCUCAACUACUUAGCAGUCACAGCGCCCGAUCUACAAAAGCUGCUAGAAGACAGCAAGAUCACGAGCGAGAACCUCGUGCAAAGCUAUAUUGAACGCAUAGAGAAGGACAACACGUAUGGAGCGGGGAUACGAGCGCUUAUCGAAGUGGCUCCCCAGGAGAUCCUGGUGCAACAAGCUCGUUGCUCUGACCAGGCGAGGCGUGACGGUUUCGUUAAAGGUCUGCUUCGUAGCCUGCUACAUCGUACUGAGGGUCGGAACUUAUGGUCUGUUUUCGUCUACGGAACCUAG